AUGGCUCCAAAAGAUCAAACACUAAAGAUUGUGACAGCGCAAGUUCAUACACUUCAUGAUCCUGAACGGGCACUCGAUGUGCUUGAAACCAGAGUAAGAGAAUUGAGCUCUGAACAUGUGGAUCUUGCCCUCUUCCCAGAAGUUUUCUCGGCGGUCGGAACGUUUUGUGAUGAAAAGGAUCACAACCCAUAUACGAAUCAUUGGCGAGCAUCUGCUGAUCUUGGAGAUACGCCUAAAGGAGCUGAUCAAAAAUGGAUGAAACGGGAAUUGCCUCGACCUCCCAACCGCACUCACAGGGGAGAGGGAACGAGGGAACGACUAGAGAAGAUAGCAACUGAUACCGGCGUCUUUAUAAUAGUUGGUGUUGUUGAAAGAUGCGGUGGAACAUUAUACAGUUCUAUUGUCUAUAUAUGCCCCAGGCUGGGAGUAAUUGGUAAGAGACGCAAGGUGAUGCCAACAGGAUUAGAGAGAGUUGCGUGGGGCCAGGGAAGCCCAUCAACGCUUGAAGCGGUCUCAACGACAAUCAAAGUAAAUGCUAAAGACGAGGGAAUAGCUGCAAUUUGUUGGGAAAAUUGGAUGCCACUGUUGCGACAAAGCAUCUAUGAACAGGGCAUAAACCUGUUUCUCGGACCAACUGCUCAUGCUACAGAGAUUUGGGUUCCAUUAAUGCAGACAAUCGGAAUUGAGUGCAACGCCUUUGUUUUAUCAGCAACACCCUGUAUCAGGGCAAGUGAUCUCCCAGAAUGGAUAACUGAAUCAGCUGAGCGUGGGGACGAAAUAGUGAGCAGAGGAGGAUCGGUGAUCGUGUCUCCCAGCGGCGAUGUGGCGAUGGCUCAUUCGAAGAAUGAUGACUUUGUUUUCACCGUCGACGGGUUAGAUAUGAGGACUUCAUGA